UUGCAUAUUCCAACCAAAACCAAAGUGUGUGUAGUUUCAGGUUUGGUUUGAGGUUUAGCAGUGACCAAAAGAUAUGGGAUUGAAGAAGAUGGGUCUGCUAUUGGACUUUCUAGUGGCUGCUGCUUUAAUUCUAAUGCUUCUUUCGAUUGUUGAAGGAAAGGUUCACUACUAUGAUUUUGUUCUGGAAGAUAAGAAUUUUACAAGGUUGUGUAGCACAAAAACUGCUUUGGCUGUCAAUGGAAGUAUUCCAGGGCCUACUGUUUAUGUUAGCAAGGGUGACACUAUGUAUGUUAAUGUGCACAACAAUGGAGGUUAUAAAGUGACCAUUCACUGGCAUGGAGUGAAGCAACCGAGAAAUCCAUGGUCUGAUGGUCCUGAGUACAUCACACAAUGUGGAAUUCAACCUGGUACGAACUUCACUUAUGAGGUAAUAUUUUCUGAUGAGGUAGGCACCCUCUGGUGGCAUGCACAUAGUGACUGGACGAGAAAUACUGUCUAUGGAGCUAUUGUCAUUCACCCUGAAGAUGGAACCUCAUAUCCUUUUCCAACUCCUGAUGGUGAAGAAGUUCUUGUAUUGGGAUCGUGGUAUACCUAUGAUGUGAAUUUAGUUGUUGAAGAAGACCUUGCAGGUGGAGACGAUUUACCUGUAUCAGAUGCUUAUGUCAUAAAUGGCCAACCAGGAGACUUCUGCAAUUGCUCGAAAAACUCAACACAUCGUUGGCAAGUUGAGUAUGGAAAGACCUAUCUCAUUCGUUUAGUCAAUGGGAUCAUGAAUGCAGAAGUAUUCUUUGCUAUUGCUGGGCAUAACAUCACAGUUGUGGCUACAGAUGCAGCAUACAUAAAACCUAUUGUAACAAGCUAUCUUGAGAUAGGUCCUGGACAAACCAUGGACAUUCUGCUUACAGCAAAUCAGCCUCCCAGCCAGUAUUACAUUGCUGCCAGACAAUUUUACACAGACAAAGCAAUCUUCACUGAAUAUGACAAAGUUAAUGUUACUGCCAUUCUAGAAUAUAAAGGCAACUAUACUCCUCCAGCUGCUCCUCUUUUCCCCUCCGACAGCACUUUCCCUAAUUACACAGAUAUUGAUGCUGGGUUUUUGUUCAGAAAUAAGUUAAAGAGUCUUUAUGAUCAGGAUGUCCCAAAAAACAUUACUACUAGAAUGUACGUUACAGCUUCUCAGAACCAGUUCUUUAUGAACAGAUCGGGCGAAGUUAUUAUCUCUCUUGCAGCAAGCUUAAACAAUAUCUCUUGGCAGAAUCCGAGAACGGAUGUCCUUCAGGCCUACUACUACAACAUGACCGGUUUCUUCACUGAAGAUUUCCCAGACAUGCCACCGAAUUUCUAUGAUUUUGUUGCAGAAGGUUUACCUACUAAUACCACGCAGUCAUUGAUGGCAACCAAAGUUAAGGUGCUGGAAUAUGGAGAGGAAGUGGAAAUAACCUUUCAAAACGCUAAUGUACUGAAUGCAUCAGAGGAUCACCCAAUGCACCUCCACGGGCAUAGCUUUUAUGUUGUUGGAGCAGGAACUGGAAAUUUCGAUUUCGAAGAGGAUCCCAAAAUGUACAAUUUGGUUGAUCCACCAUAUGUAAAUACUGCUACACUUCCAAAGAUUGGUUGGCUUACUGUUAGAUUCAGAGCACUAAAUCCUGGAGUUUGGCUAUGGCAUUGUCACUUAGAUCGUCAUCUUAGUUGGGGAAUGCUGACAGUGAUGGUAGUCAAGAAUGGUGGCACUCCUGAGACAUCCAUCAGAGCGCCACCACUGAAUAUGCCUACUUGCCAUGAUGCACCGGAGCUUAGACUUUUCAAAUCUGAUUUUUCAGUACCAGAUAUGCUGGGGAGAUAGAAGAAUCAGUUGUGUAUGAUCAGUGUUGGACAGUAGUUUAGUCCUUCAGAAAAUUGAUUGUUGAAUGAGGUUUUUUUCCCUUUUGUUGAAUGAAUAUUAUAUGUACGAACAACAGUUUUAGUUUAAUUCCUUUUACUCCCUCAUCAGUUAAAUAA